GAUGCCAAUCUAACCGGAAUUUUCUCCUAUUCAGUGCAAUUUUCAAUUCAGUUGUCGAAUUCUGGUCAGUUAAGGUUGAUUGAAGUAGUUCCAAAAUGAUUGUACUCGUAAGUCUCAUAUUACUUUUCGGAGGAGUCGGUCUAUUAAGUUUAUUUUUAUUCAAAAAGUGCAGUAUCAAUAAUAUAAAUUCCAUUAAAAGUAAAUACGUUGUUGUAACAGGUGGUUCUAGUGGUAUCGGUAAAUCUCUCGCAAAAUUAUGUGUACAACUAGGUGCUGACGUAACGAUUAUAGCCAGAAAUGAGGAAAAAUUAGAAAAUGCUCUCAAAGAAUUGUUGCAAUAUAAAAGUGGUGAAUUUCAACAAAUUACUGCUGUAUCUUGUGAUACUUCUAAUUACCCUUUAAUUAAAAGUGAAUUGGAAAAACUUGAAGCAAAUACUGGGCCUAUCUACAUGUUGAUAAACUGUGUCGGAGCUGCAAUAUGUGGAAAAUUAGAAGAUAUGUCUAUCGAAGAUAUUGAAUCUCAAAUUUCUAUGAACUUCUUUGGGAUUGUGUAUCCUAUAAAAGCAAUAAUUUCUAAACUAAAACAACGCAAAGAAGGAAUAAUUGUAUUGACAGCAUCUCAAGCUGCCUUAUUAGGAAUAUUUGGCUUGUCAAUUUAUUCUGGUUCAAAGUUUGCAUUAAGAGGAUUUGCAGAAGCUUUAGACAUGGAAGUUCGACCAUACAAUAUUUCUAUAACUGUUGCAUUACCUCCGGAUACUGAUACACCUGGUUUUGAAAAAGAAAAUAUUGGGAAACCUAAGGAAACAGCAUUAAUUUGCGAAACAGCUGGUCUUUACGAUCCUGAUGUGGUAGCAAGAGCAAUUCUUAAAGACGCCUUAAAAAGGAAAUUUUUUAGUUUUCUUGGUUUUGAAAGCUAUUUAAUGGCAACGCUUUGUAUUGGGAUGGCCCCAUUUUCAUCAUUUUUGGAAGUUAUUAUUCAGAGUUUAUUAAUAGGACCGAUUCGACUUAUAAGUGCGUUUUACCUAACAAAAUUUCAUUGUAUUGUUAAAAGAUUAGCAGAGUAGGAAUAUCGAAGUUAUUUAUUUUACUAACUUUUGAAUAUUUUUACAUUGGCGUACUAUAUUUUACAAAAUAAGCGAAACAUUGUUGUACAUUAUAAAAGGUAAUA